UUGAAAUAAAAAUUUAAUUAAUGGCGGAUGCGCUUGCGUGAUGCCGGGUGCGUAAUACCGAAACUCGUGAAUUUGGCGUCGAUUUGUGCGAAAUAGUUUUCGAAUUUGUGAUAAAAGUUCUUUGAAUCAGUUCGGAAAAUUGAAAAUGGUCGCCCCGAAGAGAGGCCGCGGUGCCAGAAACCAGGCCGCCAAAGCUAAGGCGGAGGCCGAGGAGGUCGCCGCUCCCGACGUUCCGGAGCCGAUGGAGGCCACGGAAGAGAACAACGGAGACGCCCAACAGGAAACCGAGGAGCAGGCGGCGCCGGCCGCCGAGGGAGCCGCUGAGGAAGCCAGCACAGAACAAAACCAGGAUGGCAAUGAUGCCGAGAAAAGUGAGGAACCCAAGGAGGAGAAGGUGGAGUCCGGUAAACUGCUCAUCGAGAACCUCCCAUCCAGCUAUCUGUUCGACUACCAAGAGAAACUAAAAGAGUUGUUCUCUAAGUAUGGCGAAGUCACCAGCGUAAAACGUGGUCCAGUCAUUGUUACUGAACUGACCACAACUCCGACAUUAUCGGCAAUUGUUGAAUUCAAAAACAAAGAUUCUGUGGAAAAGGCGCUGAGCGAGGACGGCGCGAUGGUGGACGGCAGCGCCAUCUCGGUGGCGGCGGAGUCCCGCGCCGACACCGCCGUGCUGGUGGGCGUGCCCUACGAGGCCUCCACCGACUACGUGCGCCUGCUGUUCGCGCAGUGCGGCCCCGUUGCGCACAUACACGACUUCAGCAAGACCAAGUAUAAGAUACUGCGGGUGACGUUCUACGACAAGGAGUCGGUGGAGAAGGCGCUGAAGCUGGACCGCGAGUUGCGCAUCAACGGCUUUCUCGUCACCGUCUCCAAGUACAGGGACGAGGAGGAGCAGAAGGCGCACUCCGCUAACACCAACAAGAACAAACGGCAACAGAACCAGUCGCGCGCGUCGAACUCGAACAACGUCGCGCCGAACGCGAACAGCGCGCCACGCGCCAACAACUUCCGCCCGCGCGGUGCCGCCAACGCCAACUUCGCGCCAAGAGGCGGCAGCUUCAGAGGUGCCCGCGGUCGCGGUUUCGGCGCUCGCGGCGGCGCGUUCCCGCGCGGCGGCUACGCGCCCGUCAACACGUACAUGCCGCCACAGCCUUUCAUGGGCCGGCCGACGUACGACUACAUGUAGAGUAGAUCGCACGCGCGCACACAGCAGGGCUUCAUGAACGACGGGCAGCGGCCGAACAAGCGGCUGAGGCAGAUGUGAGCGAGUGUGUGUGCGGCGUCUCCGUGUGCUCCGUGCGUGUGACUGUGUGUGUGGACUGUGAAUACAGUAUCAAAUCUAGCUAAUUUUAUUUACUAAGUACAAUGAAAUACAUGUGAACUAUUGUCUUUUGACAGACCGGUAAUAAAUAAUUACUAACA